CUCUAUGAAUCGGUUUGUUCAUCAUUUUGUAUCUGCAAGAAGAGGAUUCAUUUCACAUACUGAAGCAGGGUUGGAAAGAUCGAUCUAAGGUACUUUUUUAAAGAGCUUUAUAGAGGUGUGUGAGAUGGAUACAUCACAGAAUGCAACCGAUGGGAGUGGUGGAAACGGGGUUUUGGUCCCUCAAGCCAAUGAUACAGCUGGAGCAACAACGGUGGAUGAUCCAAAGCAAAACCUGAACGAGGUCAUUAACUCUAUUCAGAAAACUUUAGGGCUCAUUCACCAGCUCUACCUCACUGUCUCUUCGUUCAAUGACGCCUCUCAGCUCCCCCUCCUCCAACGCCUAAAUGCUCUUGUUAUCGAGCUUGACAACAUGGCUAAGUUGUCCGAAAAAUGCAAUAUCCAGGUUCCUAUGGAAGUUUUUAAUUUGAUUGACGAUGGGAAGAAUCCUGAUGAAUUUACAAGGGAUGUCAUAAACAGUUGCAUUGCCAAAAAUCAGAUCACUAAAGGCAAAACUGAUACCUUCAAGAGUUUACGCAAACAUCUUCUGGAAGAACUUGAACAGACAUUUCCUGAUGAAGUUGAAUCUUACCGAGAAAUACGUGCUGCAUCUGCUGCUGAAACCAAAAGGCUUGCACAAGCACAGAGCAUAUUACAGAAUGGUGAUGUGAAGGUCAAACCCGAGCCUUAAGUGUCAUUUGUUUACGUAUCAGGUUCUUAGAGUCCACGUGUUACCAAAUACCGUUCUUGUAAUCUGAUCUUCAAAAGCUUCAAUCCCAUUGUCAAAUAUGAGCCACUUUUAAGCAAAUAUGUGUAAAUUU